AUGUCUACAUCCACAACCUUUCAUUCCGGAGAGGGAGCAGAAACCACCUCGACGCCCCAGUAUAUGUAUCGUGUAACACUACCAUUCCAUGGUACUCACGACGUGCUUAAGAUUAACAGCUUUUUGAGCACCAUGAGAAUCCAGUUUGAAUUUCACGAUAUCCCAGAGAAGAAACGUAUUCAUUUCGUUGCAAACCACUUUGAAUCUCUUGCCAGUUUAUGGUUCCAUAGUUGGCGCGAGGAUAAUAAGGAUGCCUCUUACGAAACUUUCGUCAAAGCUUUCAAGAAAAGGUUCGAAAGAAUACCUGAUCCAGAGCAACUGUUCAAUGAUAUGGAAAGACUACAACCAAUGGAAAUGGGUAGCGAUGCUUUCAUCACUGAAUUCAAUCGCUUAUAUCGACUAUUGCCGCCGGGAUCACUAUCAUUGGUCGCUGCGAAACACUUCUACCUAAAGAACAUGGAUAGAUCCAUUGCUAUUGCCAUCCGAUUGGCAAACCCUCAGACCUUCGAGGAACUUUACAAUAUUACCUAUGACUAUAUUCCUUACAAGGAAAGAACCUCGUAUACCCCUACCAGGAACGAAAAUGCCAAGUCCACUGAUGAUAUUUUGGCUACGACCGCACCAAUUUACCGUCGUAAUUACAAUCGUAAUGGAUGUACUGACAGAAACAGAGGGAAAGUUGGAAAGAACAAUUACUCGUUACGUAAGGAAAGAAGGACAAAAGGAUUAUGUUAUCGCUGUGGUAAGGCUGAUCAUAGGUAUAGGGAUUGCCCCGAAAGUCGGACAUUUUACAACAGAGUUAGUAAAAAUUUAAAUUUGGCAGGGCCAACUUUAUCGCCAUAA